AUGGCCAUCCCCACCGCAGCUAUUAUUGUCAUCGUCAUCUUGGCCUGUCUCGCCGUCGUGUCGCUGGGCGCAGCGCUGACGAAACAAUGGAAUCCGCAACGCCCAGAGAAUCGAUUCACGUAUCAGCGCGAACAGGAACAGUACAUGCGCUCGGUGAGACUGAUGAAUCUGAGCCGGUUUCACCGCGAGUCAAGAGCUCGGGAUGUGGAGGUGGGAUAUCUGGAGACGGAGAGUGGAUCGAGGUUUUAA